CCUCCGACAGUAACAACUCGAGUUUCUUCUGGAAAUGCUUCUUCUAUCCAGACCGUUGUUCGAUCAGCUUGACAUCCAAGCCUGGUGACUUCUGAUAUUUGCGACCAAGCAACAUGCGUUGAUCUUCACAUUUUUGACACGAAGUGCCUCUUGUAGCAUGCAAUAAAAAUGUUAACUGUGUGGUGGUAGAAGCGUAAUAUCAGCCAGGAGACGACGUGUGCUUGUGUGGCUCGUUUCUAACUAUAAAAUAAGAAAAAAGAAGUAUUUUUAUUUAUAAUUUAAUCAACAUGAGUGAAGUACAAGAAAACGUAAUUUCUGAAUCAGAGAAUAAUGAAAACACAAAAGUGCACGAUGAAUUUCAAGGAGAAGAUGAAGAAGAACGUGAAAAUGUUCCCACUUCAUCAACCGAGGUUGUUGAAAGGAUGGCCCAUGAAGGAGUGGAAGAAAUCGUUUCAGACGAGAAUGAAGAUGGUUCUCGUGGCAUUAUAGAUGGUUUUGAUACGGAUACUAAACCCACUUUGACAAAUGGUUCAACUGAAAAUAUUUCAUCUGUUGUUGAGGAAGAUCCAGGAUUUCAAUCAAAACCUACAGAUUUAGUCUCAUUAAAAAGCCCGCUUGCAGUCUGGAUGGUUGAAAAAAAUGUUAGCCCAAAAGUCAUGGACACUAUAUACUGGAAAGACAUCAAACGUACAGGAUGCAUAUUUGGCGGCAUCUUGUUUCUGCUACUCUCGCUUAACUGUUAUCCGUUAAUCAGCGUAGUCACUACAUUUGCAUUAGGAUUUCUGUGUGUUUGUUUUCUGUACCACAUUGGGAUGACAGUGUUUAAUGUAGUUCAAAAGACAACGGCAGAGCACCCAUUCAAAAACCUUCUCGAGCAAAAUAUUGAGAUACCUGAGGAAGUGGUAUCUCAACUAUCAACCAGUAUUUGUAAAUUUAUCAAUGCAGAAAUUAAGUGUUGUCAGCGUUUAUUUUUGAUUGAAAAUUUGUUUGAAUCAGUGAAGUUUGGUAUAAUCUUGUGGCUGGUUUCUUAUGUCAGUUGCUGGUUCAGUCUCUUGACAAUGAUCAUAUUGAGUGUCAUUACACUUUUUACUGUACCAAAGUUAUAUGAAGAAAAACAGACUGAAAUUGAUCGUUGCUUCUGUGUUGUGAAAGGAAAGUUAUGUGAUGUCACGAAACAGUUGGAACAGAAGGUGCCAGAGAAGUUUAAGAAGUAUUUAUGCAAAGACAAGAAGGAAUAAAUCUCGGUUUAUUUUAUUAAUAAAUUGUAGUUUAAAAAAAAGGGGGUUAUGUACAGUAAUACAUUUUCAUUGCUUUUUAAAGCAUUUUUUGUUACUACUACAUUUUUGAAAUGAUUUAGUUAAAGUGAAAAUCUUGACUACGCAUAUACGUAGACACACAACAUAUAUUUUAAUUUAUUGGUCAUUCUUUAACACCACUUACAUACAAAUUGUACUGUGCUAAUGGCCUUUUUUAGCGUGAAGAAAAAUAAAAAGUCUUACAGACACAGAGAUUUAAUCCUACGUUAAAAAUAAAUUUCUACAAACAUCCAAGUGUUACCUGUUUAAGUCUACCAUGUUUAGAGAUAAUUUAGCAUUGUGUACUAUUAAAAUUUUAAACAGAAAUAUUGUUUGUUGUAGUUUAUUCUGAGGUAACAUAUAUAUUAUUCAAGCAAAGGAAUAUAGUAGAAAUAUUUAAAUUUAAGUUAAAAAGAAAAUUCUUUUGUUUUUAUUUGUUUUUUGCAGUUUGUUUAUUUCUUUAUAAAGGAAAAGUUUUUUUUUUCAUUUCAUAUUGAUGUGCUAUGUAAUCCCUAUGCAUGAAAAGAAUAUUUUAAUUUCCCUA